AUGAACUCUACCCUCCGCACGUCCAGGGUCGCCCCUAGGACGCUCAAUUCUCUCACUCUGAGCCGCCAGCAACUUCUAUCUCAGCAAUUCCCUGGCAGACGACACGCCUCAACGGCGGCAGCGGCAGCACCCGUCUCUCGAGCAAAGACGAUACUACUGACGACCAUCAUUGGCGCUGGAGGAUACCUUGCUUACGUUUAUGGAACGGAUACGAGAGCCUCCUUUCACCAAUGGCUGGUUCCUCCGGUCUUGCGUCUCAUCUACCCUGAUGCCGAAGAAGCACACAAUGUUGCCGUCUCAACAAUGAAGACGCUCUACAGCCUGAACCUGCACCCUCGCGAACGCUCCUCUGCAACCAAGACCCUCGAUGCCUCUCUUGGAUUGUCCGUCUUUGGCUACCCGCUGUCGAACCCGAUCGGUAUCUCUGCUGGCCUGGACAAGCACGCCGAGGUCCCGGACCCUCUGUUUGCUCUCGGCGCUGCCGUCGUAGAGGUCGGCGGAUGCACACCCUUGGGCCAGCCUGGCAAUGCAAAGCCGCGCAUGUUCCGAAUUCCGGGUCUCCACGGCCUGAUCAACAGAUAUGGUCUAAACUCGCAUGGUGCUGAUCACAUGGCCAUGACCCUCCGGAACCGCGUUCGUCUGUUCGCCAAGUCGGUUGGCCUCACCGAAGAGGAGGUCCUCAACGGCGAUGCCCAUGUUCCCCCGGGAAGUCUGUGGGAGGGAAAGCUGUUGGCCGUGCAGAUUGCAAAAAACAAGGACACGCCCGAAGGUGAUGUCGCGGCCGUGGCUCGGGAUUACACAUACUGCGUGAGCAGACUGGCUCCAUAUGCUGAUAUCCUGGUCGUCAACGUGUCUAGCCCAAACACGCCGGGACUCAGAGACCUGCAGGCAGUUGAGCCGCUCACCCGGAUUCUCAGCGCUGUGGUCAACGAGGCCAAAAAGGUGGACAGAAAGACUAGCCCCAAGGUCAUGGUCAAGGUCUCGCCAGACGAGGAGGAAGAUACUCAGAUGGAGGGUAUUGUUCAGGCCGUCUGGGAAAGUGGAGUCGACGGUGUCAUUGUUGGCAACACCACCAAGCGUCGCAACGGCAUUGUACCUCCUGGUAUCGCCGUCACGCCCCAAGAGGCAACAACUCUGGCCGAGACUGGUGGCUACUCUGGUCCGAUGAUGUUUGAUCGCACGCUCAAUCUAGUCAAGAGAUACCGCAAAAUGCUGGAUGGACGCAGUUACCUGAGUGCUGCACACACAGACACAAUUCAGAAGAGCGUGCAAGAUGAGGCAUCGAGUGCUAGCAUAGCAAGUAUCGAAGGCACUGUCACGGGCAUGGUUGAGGACGAUUUGAAGGCAGCAGCCACCCCUCAGUCUCCAGCUCAGCCGCAACCCCAAGCAGGAAAUGAGCAGAAGGUUAUCUUUGCAACUGGCGGCAUCACCAACGGUCGCCAGGCAUUGGAGAUUCUGAACGCAGGCGCGAGCGUGGCCAUGGUGUAUACUGGUCUUGUGUACGGAGGUGCCGGCACCAUCACCAGGAUCAAGGGGGAGAUCAAAGAUAACAUGAAGGCAUAA